AUGGACUCUGUUCGAGAUUAUAGCAGUAUCAUUCACUCACCAUCAUUCACCUUCCUCGUUGGCCCAAAGCACACGAAGCUGACAAUCCAGUCGGCCCUCGCCCAGCAUGUCUCCAAACCACUCCAUAAUCUUAUGAACGGUCAUACGAGAGAGUCCAAACAUCGAAUCGCCGUCUUGGAAGAUGAAGACGUCGAGACCUUCGUCGCCUUCUGCGAAUAUGCAUACACCGGUGAUUAUAGUUUGCCGCGAACCGAGCCGGAGGACGAAGCCCUAGAAGAUAGCAGGUCUGGCGUCGUCGAGAAUGCGCCAAGUCCGGGUACUUCUUGGAGGGAAACUUACCGAUCUGAAUCGGUUUCGUCGGCUGUGCCUCCGCCUGCGCCGUCGCCCCCUCCUAAGGAUCGUGGACAGACGGAUACUACUGUGUAUCAAGACCCCGAGCCAGAGGCUGUACCUGAGCCAGAGCCAGAACCAGAGCCUGCCCCAGUCGAAGACCCUCCUGAAGAGGCGCCAGAGCCGGAACCAGAGCACACUGAAGUGAACGGGUUUGAAUAUGCGGACUCGAUUGUGCCGGAUGGACCUGAGCAACCAGAGUACCCUGCUGUCGAGCCGGAGGCGUUUCCAGAGCCCGAGAACGAAGCACCUGCGGAUGAUGAGAGCCCAGCACCAAAGAUGAAAAAGGGCAAGAAAGACAAGAAGGCGAAGAGGAAGGCAGCAGCACACGUCGAGGAAGAGCAUCCUGCACCGGAGGAGCCCGUCAACCUGACGCCUCCAUCAACGCCUCCACCAACAGCCCCAGUGGAAGAGUGGCCGGCAGCAGAGUAUGAACCAGGACCACCUGUCGAGGAGUCUGUCCCAGAGCCUGCUCAAGAGCCAGAGCCAGAGCCAGAACCAGAAGAGACUGGAUAUUGGGAACAACCACCCGCGGAACCCGAGUAUACACCAAAGACCCCAGACGAACCGCUGGCAGAUUCAUGGUCGGGAGAAAGAAAUCAAAUUCCCAAACCCAGGCCAAUGCUAGACAUGUCAUUUGCCCAACAACAGGCCUCCUCGCCCUGUGAGCCAGGUCUCAGCAUGUGGGACGAAUUCGUCUCCCUCCAAUACACCGACGACUCGGCAUCAAAGCUAUCACCGGUCGAGCCAACAUCCGACCUCCCAUACCUAACCUUCCACGCCAAAGUCUACGUCUUCGCCACCCGCUACCUGAUCCCCGCCCUGGCGCAGCUCUGUCUCCGCAAGUUACACCGAGACCUCCUGCUCAUAUCCUUCACAGAACAAGAAACAGCCGACCCGAGCCCGUCUCAAAAACUGGGAGUCUUGGCCGCGCGCAAGGCCCAGAUGGUCCUGAAUCUAGUCCACUAUGCCUACACGAAAACGGCCCGGCUGGAGCCCAUCUCACCGACAUCCGCGACGCAACUUCGGGAGAAUGAGCUACGACGACUGGUUGUGCACUAUGCAGCCUGCAAAGUGAAGGACUUGGCCAAAUAUCACUCGCCAGACGAUUCUGCAACGGGAACACCAUCGCUCCGGCCGGUGGAUGCGUCAGUGGAGCGGGCCGAGACUUCUGCACCGAAGAGUCUCCGCUCCCUGCUGGAUAUGACGACGGAGCUGGCCUCUGAUCUUGUAUACCGCAUGAUGUGA